CACUCACCUGAACUCCAUCCUCAGCUGACCUUCUUCCCAACCGGAACACCUCCCAGACUCCAGUUCAGUUCCUCAGAACCUCAAACAUGGCAAAUCCCAAACACUCCCAUCUUUCUCUUAUCCAUCUCAUCAUCUUCAUCAUCAUCAUCAUCACUUCAUCUCUACCAUCACUUGCAUCCAACCGUCCCCCACGCUUCCUCGGAAAGUUCUCGCGUUCUUCACCGCCCGAUUCUCCGUCACCACCGGAACGACGUCAGCAGAAGCAGCAAAAACUGAUCCAAUACGAAACCCGAUACUUCUCCCAGAAUCUCGACCACUUCAGCUUCUCCGAAACCCCGAAAUUCCAACAGCGCUACCUCGUCAACGCCGAGCACUGGGUCGGCCCACAACGCCAGGGCCCAAUCUUUCUCUACUGCGGCAACGAAGGCGACAUCGUAUGGUUCGCCGAAAACACCGGCUUCGUCUGGGAACUCGCGCCGCGUUUUGGCGCCAUGGUCCUCUUUCCCGAACAUCGUUACUAUGGAGAGUCAAUGCCGUACGGGAGUGAAGAAGAGGCGUACAAGAAUGCCACUACGCUGUCGUUUCUUACGGCCGAGCAAGCGCUGGCCGAUGUUGCUGUGUUGAUCACGGAGCUUAAGCGAGAUUGGUCCGCGGAAGGCUGCCCUGUGGUGCUGUUUGGCGGUUCGUAUGGCGGAAUGUUGGCAGCGUGGAUGAGGCUCAAGUAUCCCCAUAUUGCUAUCGGUGCACUUGCUUCUUCGGCGCCAAUUCUUCAGUUCGAAGAUAUUGUGCCGACAGAGACGUUUUAUGACAUUGUCUCCAGUGAUUUCAGGCGUGAAAGUAGCAGCUGCUUUAACACUAUAAAAGAAUCGUGGGAUGCAUUAAUGACCGAGGGUCAGAAACAAAAUGGCCUGCACCAGCUGACAAAAACCUUCCAUUUAUGUGGAGAAUUAAAGAGGACAGAAGAUCUUGUAGAUUGGUUGGAGUCUGCCUAUAGUUAUUUGGCGAUGGUGAACUACCCAUAUGGGUCGGAAUUUAUGAUGCCUUUGCCCGGACACCCAAUAAGAGAGGUUUGCAGAAAGAUUGAUGGUUGUCCUGAUGGGACUAGCACUUUGGAGCGCAUAUUUGAAGGCAUAAGUGUAUAUCACAAUUACAGUGGAAAAGCUGACUGCUUUGAGCUGGAAGAUGAAUCUGAUGUCGGCACAGAUGGUUGGAAUUGGCAGGCUUGCACAGAAAUGGUUAUGCCAAUGUCUAGUAGCCGGGAUAGAAGCAUGUUUCAAACAUAUGAUUAUAAUUUCUCCUCUUUUCAAGAGUGGUGCUGGAAGCAGUUCAAUGUGAAACCAAGGUCUACAUGGAUAACAACAGAGUUUGGUGGACAUUGCAUGAUGAUCUUGUCUUUCUCUCCCCCAGUGUUUGGUAAGUGUCUUACAUGUGUUACUCCUGCAUCAUCUAAUUAUCUUGGUACCCCAUUUGUUGAAAUCAGAUGUCCAUGGAAAACAAGGAGCCAUAAAGGAUAAUUAUUCUUUUUGGAAUAAUUUUCUGAGUUUCUGCUAUGUACUAGUCUUGCAAUAUAUUUUGAAUCUUUAAUCAACAGUGUAGUAACUUUGGUUGAUUACUGUACGGGAGGAAGCAUUAAUUUACAACCUGCUAUUGUUUUAAGCUAGUUAUUUUCACAUUGAUUUUUUUAUACGGUUAUUUUCACCUUAAUUGCACUUCUAAAAUAUUGACUGUAAAAAGUCACAGUUACUACUUGGUAGUUGUUGAACUUCCAGGAAUUUUACCUUUAGAGGUAGUCUUUGAUAUUUAUGCUUUGCAGAAGUGCUUAUCUGCUGUCUGAACAGUGUGUGUUGUUCCUGUAGAUGUAACUAUUUCCCCUUUUCAAUAGUGCUGAGAUGAUCAUAACAUGGUUUUUCUUUCCUUC